AUGCCAGCCCCGUCACUCCUGCAGCUGGCCACAAGCACUGCGAUCAAGCACGUUAAACUGCUCAAUGAUGUCGGAAAUCUACCAUAUGCCCUUGUUCGCCCAAUCCUACUCAAAGUCGAUAACCCAGAGAAGCUCCACUCGAUGGAGCAACUAUCUCCACACCUCGCCGACGAAGACCAAGAAAUUUGGCUCGAAUUCAUCAGACGCGACAUUCCACAAUGGGACCGAUAUGAGCUGCCCAAAUCCACAAACAAAUGGUACGAGAUAUACUGCGACCUCCAAGAAGACGUCCAACGAGCCCUCGAUGCCGACGCCGAAAAGAUGAAAAUGGCCCUGGACGGUAUCAAAUCGGAACGAACACGAUUGACACCAAAGAUCAUUGCCGGCCCAAAAGGCAAAAGCACGAGAUCAUUUCGACCGGGCCCCGGUAUCCGAUCAGAACCGAGAAAGCCGACUAUAUUCACGCCCCAGCGCAGAAAUAAUGCUCUGGCAAUACCGACUAAGCAUCUUACCAAUCGUGCAACACAAGUCAGGCGGGCGCCUCGGUCACUUAUUGAAGUGCACCGGCGGCCAACAGACCCGCCUGUGCCGUCUGCUCCUGGCUCCGCUUUGACCGCAUCGAAACGUGUUGAUAAAGAUGCUCGGGCACCUGUUGCACCAGGGCGGUUGAACCAACACCCAUCAUCCUCUUCUCUAGCUGAAAGGGAGGCACGGUUACGAGCAAUUGCCUCUGGUAACCCGUUGCCAUCUUCAAGCACCAAUACAAUUCGUAAGGUGCCUAUUCCCUCACGCCACGCUUCCUCUCCAGCAAAACAACCCAAUCUCAAGCGCUCUGCCACAUCUCCGCCUCCAUCCGCAAACUCUGGUGGCACCUCCAGCUCAGCACGAGCAUCUGACAAGCCUCCCGCACAAUCAAACUCUGUUACAACUACUGCACCGCGCCCAGCUAUGCCUCGAAAACGACCUGAUAGCGUUUUCAUCCAGCCAAAACGUCGGCGCAUCACCUAA